AACCAAUACAUCGUUGUCAAAAUAUAAAUUAAUUUGGAACUUUAUUGCGAAGUUUAAAUUGGUCGGUCCAGAAUCUUUUAUUUUUAAAAAUUUAUAUAGCCAACUGUAAUAAAACUAUUUCGAAAUUUAGGCUAUGAACUUACUCACAUAUGGAUAAGAUUUUGACCCAUUUGUAUAUAAAAAUAUUUACAAAAAUGCAAAUUUUAUAUUCACAAGUUACUGUUUUAAUAAUGGUAAGCACUGACAUGAAAAUUUGACAUUUCAAUUAGUCUCAUUUUCUUAUGCUAUAUGCUCAACUCUCUGAAGAGAUUUCUUUGAUCUCCAGUUGUCUAAGUUCCAAGACAUCUGGUGAUCAGAAUCAACAGUAUUCUUUAAUCAUCAAAGCUUUCACUGAGAAAACGCAGAAGCUUGAGAGUGACUUCCAAAGCUUGGAGAGGACUUAGACAUCAUCUUAGAAAUCCAAGAACUUCAAAAACUUCUCCGUGAUAAAACGUCUCGCCAAGUUUCAUAGCCGCCCAAACACCAUUACAAGUGCUGCUCUAUUACAAAAAAAACAAAGUCAUCCCCAAAGUUAAUACAUCCAACAACAACAACAAAAGAGACAUAUAAGAAAAAGAACAAAGAAACCCUAAAAGUCUGAGAAUGGAGACUUGCUUGGAGUGCAAGAAACCUACUGAAACGGUGAUUGACAAAUGUACGGGCGACACAAUCUGCACAGAGUGUAGCCUCGUCAUCUCUGAUCACUACAUCGAUGACAGCCAGGAAUGGAGAACAUUCACCAACGACGACAACAGUGACCGAGACCCUAAUCGUGUCGGUGGUCCGACCAAUACUCUUCUCAAAUCCGGAGGUAUCGGCACCAUCAUCGAUAAAGGCAGAGAAAACACUUCCUCUGUCUCCAAGACCAACCUAUACGAACUGUGCCGGACACAGAAUCUCGUCAGGAACACGGAAGACGAACUGAUCGAGAAAGCGUGCAGAGAAAUCAAAAGGAUAUCAGAAGGUCUAGGUCUAAUAAGCAGUGUCAAAUUUAGGGCUUGCGAGAUCGUGUCUAAAUUCGAUGGUGACAACAGCAAGAGAUUACGCAGAGAGAAACACUUGAACGCUCUCUGUGCGGCGGCUGUUUCAACGGCUUGUCGUGAGCUGAAACUCUCGAGGACGCUGAAAGAGAUCUCCCUGGUGGCUGGUGGUGUGGAUUUGAAGGAUAUAAACAAAGCGUGUAGGAUAAUAAGGCGUCUUGUUGGUUCGGAUCAAGACGAGUUGGCUCCUUCUUCUGCUGCUCCUCAGGUGAUUAUCAAUACUGGAGAACUUGUUAGCCGGUUCUGUUCCAAACUUGACAUAAGUGUAAGAGAGACAAAGGCUAUUCGAGAAGCGGUUGAAAAAGCUGAGAAUUUCGAUAUCCGGAGAAACCCUAAGACGGUUCUUGCUGCUGUUAUAUUCAUGAUUUGUCAGCUAUCUCAGACCAGAAAGAGACCUAUUCGAGAAAUUGCGGUGGCUGCUGAAGUAGCGGAGAGUACCAUCAAGAACGCCGCUAAUGAUAUGUACCCUUACGCCUCGAAGAUUAUACCAUCUUGGUAUGCUUCUGAAGAAGACAUCAACAAGAGGUUAGGAGGUACCAUAGGUUCUUGGGAUGCUGCAAGACUUACCGCAUAGGCGAAACCUCUACUUGCGCAAGAAGUCUUUGGGAUUUAUGUUGAAGAAGAAGGUUGUUAAAGUCUUAAACUAUUUUCUAAAAUGUACUAUCUACCUGAAGAUAAAAUAAAAUCUUAAUAUCUAUGUUGAAAUAAAUUGUUGAAUACAAAAAAAAAUGUUGAAACGUCCGUUCCCAUCAGUGAACUCCCACGCAUUAGAAUAAAAAAAUCUCAUAUAUAUUAAUCUCAAAUAAUUUAAGUAAAAAUCACUUUUUAUUUACAUAGCUUGAAGAAGAAACCGCCCCU